GUCACAGUCCCGGGCGGAAGUUGCGUGAGGACAUGGUGACUUGUUGAGUGACCUGUUUGGGUCUCCGUCUCUUGUAAAUAUCCCAUCACUGAACCGAAGCUCCGUCUCCACGAUGUUGGCGUGUAAACGCAUCUGCAGCAGCACUGCUCUCCGUGCUGUCCGUGCUCUCCGCAGUAAUGAAGUGCUCCACUGUGCUCAGGUGCGGAGAUGUCUGUCCACGGCCACUGACGGGGAGGUCCGCAUCGCAAACGUGCUGAAGGAGAAGUUUCCUUCAGCUUCAGCUCUCAAAGUUGUGGACAUAUCAGGUGGCUGUGGGGCCAUGUAUGAGAUUCAUAUAGAGUCCCAUGAGUUCAAAGGAAAACGGGCUGUUCAGCAGCAUCAGUUAGUCAAUCAGGCACUCAAGGAUGAAAUUCAAGGAAUGCAUGGAUUGCGAAUUUUCACUGAUGUCCCAAAAGAGUAAACUGUUAUUCUACUCUCAACGUUAAACUUUUUUUUUCUUUCAUAUGCACAGAAUAUCAAUUUGAAAAGACAAAAUGGAUGUUGUUAUUCAGUGAUUUCAAUUUUAUCUGAACUGUUAUGUGCUCAUGGCAAGAAUGGAGUGGGAAACUAUCUCCCGACACUUACUCUUCAGCGGUGUGAAACGUGAAAUUCACGUAAGGUUACACUAAUGUGAUACCGUCUACUUUUAAGAUAAUAUAUACAACCAGUGAAUGCUGAGAUACGCACAAAAUGACAGAAUAACUUGUUGUACAGUAGAUGAUGUAGGGCUUGUCCUUGUCUGGGGUCUUCUCAGGGUCAACAUUGAUGCUGGAAAAUCCAGGAAACGUCAUGUUAUGAAUAGUUUAGAACAGCUACACACCUUUGCUUUAGAAUUAAGGUGGGAAAAAAAAUGUAUGAAACACUGUCCAUUGCUGCUUACAACAAUCUAUGUGUUACUGGAUUGUGCACACGUCUUCUGAUUUUGUUCCAUGAAGAAUACAAAACUGAAAUUAAAAAACGCUUUAUUUACAAA